CCCCCCCUCCCUCAAUGUCAUGCUGUGGGUGGGGCCGAGCAAAUGAAUGACAACUUGUGCUUAGUGCUGGGAUGUCUUCUUGGCUCCGAUCUGCCUUCUGAGCCGCUGCGGCGCUCUCCGUCCCCCUUCGUUCUCUCAUUAUCUUCAUCUGUACACACACAUCCAUCCUCUCUUUUUCUGCAUCCUUCCUGCAUCUUUAUUCUCUCCGCUUCCUGCUAACGGAGGCGGGCAAGCUUCCCAGUGUUGGUGCAUCCAGCAGGUGCAGCCUCUCUCUCCCCCUCCCUCCCUCCCUCUCUUUGCUCUACCAGUGUGCACUCCGCUCUGUCUGAUUUUUUUCUUUUUUUUUCCUCCUCAUUCGUUCUCCGUCUCUCAGGGAGGCAGCUGCAUGUGCGUUUGCAUCAGGUAAAGACAGCUGCAUCUCCGGAUGGCGUGGUCCUCCGCGGCGGAUGGAUGGAUGAGCCUCUGCGUUUGCAGAUCUUUAUCCUGGAGUGGGGCGCACAUUUUUAAUCAGCUCUGAAAAAAGAAGCAUCCCAAAGAAAUGGAAAUGCCGCGGAUCCCGGCAGCCUGAGCGACGAAUCCCAGGCUGUGAUUGGAGAGAGCUUCCACAGACUUCAGUCCUCAGACUCCAUGGAAUAUUUCUACAUUUUGCCAAUCUUUGCAUUUCUCUUCCAUCUCCAGCUUCGUUUUUCCCAUUGAUUCACCUGAUUCCUGUUUAUCCAUCUCCCUCUAUUUUUCAUACUUCUGUGGUGGAAUGUUUCCUGCAAAAAGCAGAGAGGAGGCUUUUUUGCUGCAGUAUUAACGAAGGCUUGUACUGAUCCAGCGGAGAGCUGAGUGGACAGCUUGGGGAAAUCUGAUCCACAGCUGGCAAGGAGCGGGAUCACUCAUCACAGCUGCAGAUUUAUCCGCCCUGUGAUACUGCGUGACAACACCCGUCUCUGUUUCUCCUCAUCUUAAGUCUGGAUCUGGGAAAUAAGUGGAUUCUGCUCUUUGAUUAUGUUUUUUACUUCAAUAGAUGGCACUAAGGAAUCAGGAUGCCUCAGAAACUAAAAGGGAGAUAAUUUAGGGGCGAAGCAAACCGAUGACGAUGGGAGAGCGCUGAUAUAUGCAGAGGCAAAAAGUCUCGAAAUACAAAUAGACAGAUAUUUUAGAAGCUGGCUCGGCUUAUAGUGUGGGAACAGGCUGUAUUAAGGAAGAGAAAUAUGGUGCUGAAGUGGACGGGGAAGCAAGAGGACCCACCCUGCAAGUUUCCCACAUUGAUACCAUCCCAUUGUGGACUGUAAAAGGAGGGGGGGUUGUAACCAAGAGACGGCAGAUCUAGAUUUUUGCUGCAGUGUCGUCCAAGCAUGGAUCCUAUGGAUUUAACUCCUGUUCAGUUGUUUUGAAGGCGUUUCUGGUCGUGUUUGGAUCUCCUUUUUCCUCCUGGAAGAGGCAUCUCUCCUCCUGCGAACAUUCUGGGGUCGCCUGGUGGACUGACUGAGCAGAGCAGGACUAAACAGGGACUAAUCAACAGAUUAUCCUUCCUCAUUAGCUUCCCUGUGUGUGAAUGUGUGUGCAUUUCUGACCGUUUGUCUGCAUGGAUCCCCCACCCCCUCGCCCCUCUGUAUCUUUGAAUUCGUGAACUUGAUCUCGGUGUUUUUCGGGUGCUCUAUACAUUUCCCUCUCUCUGUCUUUACAUGUUUGGCAUUGUCUGGAAGCCAGGCGUUGUCACCAGGCGUUGUCAUCAAGGUAACCCCUGAAGAGGAUGAGUGAGUGCUCGGGGGCAGUUGUGUCUGGGGGAGUAAUCAUGGAAGAGCCCGAGGGUUCUGGGCCCUCUGGGGCCCGCGGGGAGGGCCAGGCUCAGGACAGAGGGCCGUUUCGCUGUGCUUUCUGGCCUCGUCAGCAAACGUGGCUGUGUGUGGUCCCUUUACUCAUUGGCUUCAUUGGUCUGGGAUUAAGCCUGAUGCUACUCAAAUGGAUUGUCGUGGGCACAGUGCGGGAUUACGUACCAACAGACUUGGUGGAUGCUAAUAGAAUAGGUCAAGAUCCGAUAUUUCUUUCAAAGCCAAGCGGGAUUCCCAAAAAUCCCGAAACUACAACAACUACAACCACUCCUACGGUGGAAAGUAGGAGCCACACACCUAGAACUGUAACGGUGGCAAAAGGCAGGACUGGCAAUACUGCUACCACCACCACUACUGUCAAUCCAAGAGGGGGCGGAGCCUCCGGUAGUCUGGUGACCCCUUGGAAUCCUGGGAACCGUAACGGACGCGGACCGUCGGGUUUUACUACAACUGUCGUAGCAACUUGGACGACCUACAUAAUUGGAGGAGCGAGUCCUAGCUUAUCUCCGCCCAAUCCAACGGUUCUCCACGACUCCACACAAAUUUGGACGGCGGAACGUACCACUACGGAGGCCGUCUCUACCACCGUCACAACACGUUCGUAUGGCCAUCGCAAAACACCUUCUCCGACCGUCCCUCCCCUCCACUCGGAGCAUUUCAAACCCUGCCAUGAGAAGGACUUGGCCUACUGCCUGAACGGAGGAGAAUGCUUCGUCAUCGAGACGCUCAGCGGUCCUCACAAGCACUGCAAGUGUCGAGAGGGCUACCAGGGAAUCCGCUGCGACCAGUUUCUGCCAAAGACAGAUUCCAUCCUGUCAGAUCCAAAUCAUUUGGGGAUCGAGUUCAUGGAAAGCAAAGCCGUGUACCGGAGACAGGUGCUGCUGAUCACAUCCAUCGCCAUGGCGAUCGGCCUGCUGGGAGUCCUGUGCAUGGCUCUGUACUGCAGCAACAAGAGGCGUAGGGAGAAACUCCAGGCCCACCUGAAGGAGAGUCACAGCCUGAAACGCUACACUACUAAUGCCCACAGUGCACAAGACUCCAAGAUGAGGGCCCCAAACACCAGCCUGCAGAUGCACCAGUACUGUCCAUCCUCCACCUCUCGGCCGGGAAACAUUUGUAACUCUGGCUUUGUCCACUGCAGCGUGGCUACUGCACCAUGUACCAGUUCCAGAGGCCCGUCAAAGCAGAACAGAGGCGGCUCUUCGCUGCAGAACCCGGAUCAGAAGAGAAGACCGUCCCAUUGGCCGUCCGCUUGCAGGACCCCCCUCAGAGCAAAGUCCAUCCCACCUGGAGAGUCCAAGUAUUCAGGCCCCACCUACCAGCACCUCCGGGAGGCCGAGGGGUCGGAGAAAGAGGCCGAGGUGCAGAGAAGAGUCCAAACGGAAGAAGAAAAUGGGACCAGUGACUCCCGGCGUGGAUCCUCGGCACAGACUCCUCUCUCCUCAAAGAUCCUCUCGUCUUUGUGCGGCCGUACGGAGCUUCCCUCGGGUCCGCGACCUCCGCCGGAGCGCCGCGACCCCGCUCAGAACCGCUCCACCUCCCUCCCCUUCUGCUCCUGCUCCAUCCCCGUCAUCACCUCCGUCCAGUGUCACCACCAAAACGAAGUGUCUUGUAUGCAAACGGGCGUUGCCCCGGCAACCGCCUCCACCCCCUGCAAGGAGGCGAAGAAGAAGAAGGCGGUCCAGGCCCGGCUGUUCCCCGCCUCCUGCGCGUCGUCCGAAGGCCAGCAGCAGGACGAGGUGGCCCUGCUCCUGGAGGAGGCGCAGGAGCAGCUCAGGGCUUUGGCGCUGGCCCACAGGAAGCACAAGGAGGGCGGGAUCCACGGCGGCGAGGUGGAAGCCAGAGAGACAGUUUGCUUUCUGAACCUUAACGCGGGAGGGCCGAGCGGGCCGGUGUGUAACGGACCCACUCAGAUCCAGUUACUCAGCCCCAGUCUACCAUACAGAGACUUGGGCCAGCUGGGCCAAUAACUGAUCUAGGACUUUCUGGUUCUGGUCCGACGAACCCAGACGUUCUGUAUCUGUGGGGUGUGGUUAAAACUGCAGAAAACUAAAAAAAAAAAACAAACAUAUGCACACUGAAUGAAGACAAACUGGGUGAAAACGGCCACCUUUACUAAUACACACCAACAUGCAAACGAAGGAGAAACUCACAUGCAUUUUUAUAGAAAAAACAAAAACAAACAAACAAGGGAAACACUUCUAUUCAGACAAAAAGAAAAAACCAAAUAGUCUGUCAAAUCUAUGGUGUUUUUAUUGUAAAAAAUAUAUAAAUUUAUAAAUAUCUAUAAAUAUAUGGGUAUUAUUUUAUGGAAUUCAAAAAGUCAUCAAGCCCAAGACCACAGGAGUGACCCCACACCAUUUACUCUUAUUUUUAUUUGGUUUAUCCCAGUUCUGGAUCAAGUGUGACACUUUUUGGCUCAGAUGAGGAGAAUCAGUGACUGCCAUCCGAAAAAAGGAGAAUUUAUUCCCUAAAAAAAAGAACCGCGCACUACACAGCCAAGAAUUGUGUUUGAAUCUGUGUUGUUAAAAAUAAAAAAAACUUGAAAGUGAAGAAUUAAAGCAGCCACUCAGCAGA